AUGAAAUUGUAUCUGAAUAUAUUAAAUAUUGUUAGUGUCCAGGAAAAAGUUUCAAAUACAAAACUUGAAGGUUUUAAAGAAGUAUCUAAGACUAAAAUAGAUGAAAUGAGCAUGAAAGUUAAAGGUUUAAAACAUAAAAUAAAAUGCAAACUAUCAUGUGGUGAUUUUAAUCAAACAGAUUCAGAUUCAGAACAACCUGAUGGUAGAAUUGUUCAAAAAAGAAGUGGUAUUAAUCAAUAA